AUGAUUGUGGACUUCAGGAAGAGCACUGUCCCCCCGCCCCCACUCUCCGUGAUGGACUCCCCCAUCACCUCUGUGGAGUCCUUCCGUUUCCUGGGCACCACCAUCACCCAGGACCUCAAGUGGGAGCCGACCAUCAGCUCCCUCAUCAAGAAGGCCCAGCAGAGGAUGUACUUCCUGCGGCAGCUCAGGAAAGCCAAGCUGCCUGCACAGAUGUUGGUGCAGUUCUACACGGCCAUCAUCGAGUCCAUCCUCACCUCCUCCAUCACCGUGUGGUUCGCUGGAGCCACAGUCAGCAUUUUUGGGGAGAGUGCGGGGGCCCAGUCGGUGAGCCUCCACCUGAUGAUGCAGAGCAGUGCACCAUUGUUCCAACAGGCGGUGCUCCAGAGCCUUCCAUUCUCCAUCCCCCUUAAGCCCAGACAUGACGCAGUGAAGUUGGGGAAGAGUUUUGCACAGCAGACGAACUGUUCCGUGAGCGACCUGGUGUGUCUGCUGUCUCUGUCUGCAGAGGAAGUGCUGGCAGCCCAGAUGAAAACCAGUGAGGCUCAGAUCACUCUGCAGGACUCGCAUACUGUGUACUCAGAUAGGAGGGUCCUCAGAUGA